AUGGCACCCGCUGCGGGGCCCCCCGGUGGGGGCGGGAAUAUCAAAGUGGUAGUGAGAUGUCGGCCGUUCAAUGGGAGAGAACAUGACCGGAAUGCGAAAUGUAUCGUGGAAAUGAAAGACAACCAAACUGUCCUAACACCUCCCGAUGGUGCCGGGAAGACGGGCAAGGACCACGGCCAGAAAGUCUUCGCCUUCGACAAGUCGUACUGGUCCUUCGACAAGAGCGCGCCGAACUACGCCGGGCAAGACAAUCUUUUCGGCGACCUGGGCAAACCGCUGCUGGAUAACGCCUUUCAAGGGUACAACAACUGUAUCUUUGCCUACGGCCAGACCGGCUCGGGAAAGUCAUACUCGAUGAUGGGAUAUGGCAAGGAUGCGGGUAUCAUCCCAAAUAUCUGCCAGGACAUGUUUCGGAGGAUUGGGGAAAUGCAGCAGGAUAAAAACCUGCGUUGCACCGUUGAAGUGUCGUACCUCGAAAUUUACAACGAGCGGGUGCGCGACCUGCUCAACCCGGCAAACAAGGGGAACUUGAAGGUCCGAGAGCAUCCGUCAACGGGUCCAUACGUCGAGGACCUAGCGAAGUUGGUGGUUGGAGGCUUUCAAGAGAUCGAGCACUUGAUGGACGAAGGCAACAAGGCCAGAACAGUGGCGGCUACCAACAUGAACGAGACGUCGAGUCGAAGUCAUGCCGUGUUUACCUUGAUGUUGACCCAGAAGCGCUUCGACCCGGAAACAAAAAUGGAAAUGGAGAAGGCAGCCAAAAUCAGUCUUGUUGAUCUUGCAGGGUCGGAAAGAGCCACUUCCACGGGCGCAACAGGCGCCCGCCUAAAAGAAGGCGCUGAAAUCAACCGUUCGCUUUCCACACUUGGCCGAGUCAUUGCGGCCCUGGCGGACCUGUCAACGGGGACCAAGAAGAAGAAAGGCGCAGCGGGUCAGGUCCCAUAUCGAGACAGUGUUCUGACGUGGUUGCUGAAGGACUCGCUCGGUGGUAACAGUAUGACGGCCAUGAUCGCUGCGAUCAGUCCGGCAGAUAUCAACUACGACGAAACGCUGAGCACGCUGCGGUAUGCCGACUCCGCAAAGCGUAUCAAGAACCACGCGGUCAUCAACGAGGACGCCAACGCCCGCAUGAUUCGCGAGCUCAAGGAGGAAUUGGCCCUUCUCCGCAGCAAGAUGGGCGGCGGAGGUGCCACCGGAGGGGCGCCAGUCCCUGCUGAGGAAGUGUACGCCGAGGGCACACCGUUGGAAAAGCAAAUCGUCAGCAUCACGCAGGCCGACGGCUCAGUCAAGAAGGUUUCCAAGGCGGAAAUUGCGGAACAGCUGAACCAAAGCGAGAAGCUCCUCCAAGAUCUCAACCAGACGUGGGAGGAAAAACUGACCAAAACGGAAGAAAUUCACAAAGAGCGGGAGUCUGCCUUGGAAGAAUUGGGAAUUAGCAUCGAGAAGGGCUUCAUCGGCAUGUCCACGCCCAAGAAGAUGCCCCACUUAGUCAAUCUUUCAGACGACCCCUUGCUGGCGGAAUGCCUGGUUUACAAUUUGAAACCCGGCGCGACGACUGUCGGCAACGUGGAGUCUAAUGCGGACCACCAAGCCAACAUUCGUCUGAACGGGUCUAGAAUCCUCCACGAACACUGUGUCUUCGAAAAUGCGCAAGAUGGGACAGUCACCAUUCAUCCGAAGGAAGGUGCCGCGGUUAUGGUGAACGGCAAGCGGGUGACGGAACCGACGAGACUGCACUCGGGACACCGCAUCAUCCUAGGGGACUUUCACAUUUUCCGGUUCAACCACCCGAUGGAGGCGCGUGCCGAAAGAGCCGAAAGGCAGGAGCAGAGUUUGCUGCGCCAGUCCAUCACGGCAAGCCAACUGCAGGCACUCGAGAGGACGUCGCCGUCGCCAAGCCCGAGGCCGGGUCACGAUAGGAGCUUGAGUACGGCUCUCUCGGAAUUUAGCGACAGCCGCCCCGAUUCGCCAUCACCCUUCCAGCGCAACGCAAAAGAGUCGGACUGGUCGUUCGCCCGACGGGAGGCAGCCCCUGCGAUCCUAGGCACCGACCAAAACUUCGCCAAGCUCACAGACGAGGAACUUAACGCGCUCUUCGAGGAUGUCCAGCGCGCAAGGGCGGAGCGUGUCAUUGGCCGGGAGGGCGACGACGACAUGGAGUCCAUGGCCUCGUAUCCGAUUCGGGAGAAGUAUUUGUCCACCGGCACCAUCGACAACUUUUCGCUUGACACGAUUCUCACCAUGCCGUCUACCCCUAAGCAGGGUGAGGCUGAGGACCGGCUGCGCGAGAUACGCGAGGAGAUGCAGAGCCAGCUGGAGAAGCAGAAGGAAGAGUACCGUGACCAGCUCAAGAAUGCCGAGACCGCCAAUGUGGAGGUGGAGGAGAUCAAGAAGGAGAAGGUCCGCAUGGAGGAGACGCUCGUGCAGCUCAAGGAGGAUAUGCAGAAGCAGCUCGAGGUACAGCGCCGGGAUUUUGAGGCAAAGAUUGAGAGGUUGGACCCUCUCAAGCGGCCCAAGGCCAAGCCGAAGCUGUCCGAAGAGGAGAUUGAGCGGGCCAAAGUCGCCGUCAAGCACUGGCGGAACCGGCAUUCGGUGCGCAUGGCCGAAGCCGUUUUGCAGCACGCUUCGACGCUAAAAGAAGCGCAAAUUAUGAGCCAUGAGUUGGACGAGCAUGUCGUGUUCCAGUUUACGGUGGUCGAUGUUGGCCACGUGGUGUGCUCAUCGUAUGACAUGGUUCUCAACGGACUUACGGGAGAAGGGGAAGACAUUGCGCUUGAGGACGCGCCGAAGCCGUGCAUUGGCGUCCGCGUCAUCGACUACAAGCACAGCGUGGUACAUCUGUGGAGUAUCGAGAAGCUCCACGACCGCGUCCGGCAAAUGCGCCAAAUGCACCAGUACCUCGACCAGCCAGAGUAUGCGCAGCAUCUGAGUCUCGACAACCCCUUUAUCGAGACCUGCAUGCCUCAGUUUACGCUUGUCGGCGAGGCUGACGUGCCCCUAAAAGCCGUCUUCGAGAGCCGAGUACAGGACUUCACCCUUGACGUCUUCUCGCCCCACACGAGGCAUGCUAUCGGGAUCAUCAAGCUUGCACUGGAGCCGUCCAGCGCGCGGGCACCGACUAACACCCUCAAAUUCAACAUUGUCAUGCACGAGAUGGUUGGCUUUGCAGAACGCGAGGGCACCGAGGUGCACGCGCAGCUCUUCAUUCCCGGUAUCUCCGAAGAUGGGAUCACGACAACGCAAAUGAUCAAGGACUUUGACGAAGGGCCGAUCCGGUUCGAGAGCGUUCAUAGCAUGAGCGUGCCGCUGUUCGCGCCCCCGCAGACGACGCUGCGCGUGGCCAUUUUCGCCAAGGCGUCUACCAUGCACCUGGAUAAACUCCUUAGCUGGGAUGAUAUGCGGGAUGCGGUGCCCAGCUCGCAGGGCAAGAAGGGCGCACGGAUUAGCGAGUCGUACUUUUUCACAGAAGAGAAGCAUGACCUGCUGGCUCGCGUUCAGAUACUGGAGAUGAAUGAAGAGGGCGAGUAUGUACCUGUUGAAGUCAACCAGACGAGUGAACUGGACGGGGGCACAUAUCAACUGCAUCAGGGCCUGCAGCGGCGCAUUUCGAUUAAGCUUACCCAUAGUUCGGGGGAUGCGCUGCCGUGGGAGAAUGUCACGGCCAUGCGAGCUGGCAAAAUCCAGUUGAUGGACAGCGCGGGCAAGACGCCCGACAUGGGCUCGACUAGCCCUGAUAUCCCGCUGAAGCUGGCAUCUGCGCCGUCGUUCCAGACCAACGCUAACGGCACUCGGACAGCGACGAUGAUUGGGCAGUGGGACUCGAGCUUGCACAAUUCGCUGCUCCUCGACCGCGUUACGGCGGAUAAGUACCGCGUGCAGAUGGCUGUGUCGUGGGAGAUCAGCUCAGAGAAGCUGGCAGAGCCCAUGAAGUUCUCCAUGAAUGUGUGUUGCCAAAUCCUGUCGCGGUCCUUCGUCCGACAGACGUCCAUGUUCUCGUCGCUCUUCCAACAAGUUCGCAUCGUGCACGCAGCCACAAGCAUCUUUACGCUGCAACUGCGUCCCGCACCCAUAAAACGCGUGGGUGACCUCUGGCGCAUGAGUAGUCAACACGACUAUGUCAAGGGCGAAGAGAGCCUGACCACGUGGACACCUCGCGGCGUGUCCCUGGUGGCUGAUUAUCUUGCUUCGCGCAAAAAGCUGCAAAUGAUGGCGGACCUUGCGGCUGUCCAGACUUUCCUAAGAAAAAUUGGCUUUCGGGAUAAGCCUGAAAGCGUUGAGGAGCCUGAGGACCUGGAUCUACCACCCCGGCCAGCUAUCAACUCGGACACCGACUCCAUCGCGGAGCUGUUGAAGGACGAUACCCCGGAACCAUCGCCGACAUCAUCCCAAGAGUUGCCUUUCAGUGAUCUGCCCCCGCUUCCUGACGAUGACGAGGAAGAUCUAUCUGCUCCUCCUGGGUCCGACGACGAAGCAGAAGUGGGAACGGAACCGCAAGCCAACUCAUCAUCACAGUCGCAGUCAGCACAAGAAUCACAAUCUUCGGAACCCCCCGUCCCAGAUCGCCAAACGCUCCUCCUCGAGAAAUGUCUCAAACUCUGGCUCCGCUACCCCGACCCAACCCUCCGGCUACUCUCCCCCGCCAACACCGACCCGCCCGAGGACGGCGUUGUGAGCAGUGCGCCCUCCCCGUCUGCCUUCUCACGCGACCAACACGCCCAGGAAGAGGAGUACCAGCAGCCACAGCAGCCCACUUCGAUCGCAACUGUCGUGCGCGUUCCCAAAAACCCGGCGCUGCUCAAGGGCGGGCUUUUACUGGUCCCUAACGCCGACGCCACGCGAUGGGUCAAGCGGUUUGUGGAACUGCGCCGGCCGUACCUGCAUGUACAUACAGUCGGGGAUGGGGAGGAGGUGGGUGUGGUGAGCUUGAGGAACGCGAGGGUGGAUAGUCAGCCGGGGAUUUUGGGCCUGCUGAAUGUCAAUGCCAAUUCCAACGGGAAUGCAUCGGUUGUGGGAAAUGGUCCGUAUGGCCAUGGGGGGGACGCGAAUCGUGGUGAGGGCGUGAACGAAUUUGGCACGCCUACUCGCACGUUGUCGCCCACCCCCUCAUCGCGCUCGCUCUCGCCUCACCCUAUGCCAUCAGCGGCUAGCGGUACCGGUCGGCUGAUUGCCUCGCUCUGGCCUGGCGGUGGUGGCGGCGCUGUCGGUGGGGCUAACGGCACCAACACCAGCGGUGUCACUAGCGCACCGAACGGUACACCAGCCAGGAGGAACGGCGCCGCCAGCUCUAACGGAGCGACCGGCGCUAGCCCGAGCGGCGGUAACACAAGCAGUGGCGGGGUCAGCCGGCUCAGCGAGCGGCUGCAAGCGGGGGUGUUUGCGGUCUAUGGGACAGACAACACCUGGUUGUUUGCGGCGCGUAGCGAGCGGGAUAAGAUGGACUGGAUCAUGAGGAUCGAUCAGAGCUUUACGAUGGGCAGCGGUAGUGUGAGUGCAAGUGUGAGUGGGCUCGGAAGCCGCGGCGGGAGUGUGAUGGGGAGUGGGAUGACCAGCCCACGUCUUCCUGGUGGCAGUAGUGGAGGGUGGUGA